AUGAACAUUUCUCUUCUUCUCCAAAAUACACUCUCCCCAGAUCAGGCAUUAAGGGAAUCUGCAACGGUGACGUUGGAGCGAGCAUCGGUUGAAAAUUUCGGUGUAUAUAUCCAGCUCCUUGCAGCAGAGCUUGCAAACGCAGAUGCACAGCAGCAUUUACGUGUUGCCGCGGGCGUGGCAUUGAAGAACUCCCUUAGCUCCAAAAAAGACCCCAUAAAACGAAACCAACAGGCCCAGAGAUGGACAGCAUUGGAUGCUACGCUAAAGACCUCCAUCAAGUCUGUAAUCAUCAACACUAUGGCAUCGGCAAAUAUUUCAAACACCGUUGGAACCACACUAGCCCAAGUCCUUGCGUCAAUUGCCGGCAUUGAACUCCCUCGUAAUGAAUGGCCAGAGCUAAUUCCACUGUUACUUCAGAAUGUAACCAAUGUUGGGAGUCCAAACACACUUCGUCGCACCACACUUGAGGCAAUCGGCUUCAUGUGUGAAGAUAUCGAACACUGGGUACUAGCGCCCUGGUCUUCCCAAAUCCUCACAGCCGUCAUUCAAGGGGCAAGAAAAGAGGAGCUCGAUAGUGCAGUUCGCUUGGCCGCCAUCACUUCCCUUAACAAUUCCCUUUUGUUUGUGGCCACUCAUUUUGAAAAUGAAACGGAGCGGAAUUUUCUGAUGACAGUAGUGUGCGAAGCAACUCAAUCGCUAUGCGAGUCUAUUGCUGUUGCUGCUUUUGAGUGUCUUGUUUCUAUCAUGACACUCUAUUAUCAACAUAUGGCCUCGUACAUGACACAUGGUCUAUUUAUUGCGACCAUCGAAGCGAUGAAGGUUACCCGCACCGCGAUUGCUCUUCAAGCGAUUGAAUUCUGGUCAACGGUAUGCGAAUCGGAGAUUGAUCGCCUUAUUGAACGCGAUUCUGACCCUUCGACGCCCGUUUUUUAUUUUGCCAAGGCCGCAGCGCCGCUGGUCCUUCCAACACUUUUAGAGCUACUUGUAAAAAGCAAAGAGGAGCAAGAUGCCGACGAAGGUGGCGAGGGCGACAAUGGCGAAGAUUGGACGGUCUCAAAGGCAGCAGCUACCUCUCUUUCGCUCUUUGCGGGAUGUGUGCAGGAUGAGCUUCUAUCAAUUGGCAAUGGGGCUGUUUUUUCAUUUAUUGAACGCAACAUUGCAAAAGCUGAUGAUUGGGCUGCCCGUGAAGCGGCCCUGAUGGCGUUUGGAUCGAUUCUUGAUGGACCACCACCCGCUUAUACACGGCAAUAUGCCCAAGGGGCCAUGCCCACUUUUUAUUCUUUAGUGCUCAACGACACUUCGCUUGCUGUCAGAGAAUCUGCCGCCUGGUACAUCUCAAGAGUUUGCGAGCUACUGUGCAAUUCUGCUAUUGGCAGCAACGAGCAAGCAUCUGGGUUUCACCGAAAUGACGCCAUCAUCAACUCUUUUCUUGAUAUCAAUUCGCUGGUAACGACAUUGGAGUCCUUGCUUUCAGCACACCCUCGAGUGGCAUUUCAUGCUGCAACGGGAUUUAUGCAUCUCGGCGCAGUUAUUGCCGAGGAUUCUGCUUCCGGGUUUCCUCCCACAAACAUUCUUUCUCCUUUUCUUCCAAAAUGCUUUAUGUCUCUCUUCAAUUCCUCAAUGCGGGCAGAUGUUGAUGACCAAAACCUGCGCUCCGUCUUUUUCCAAGCAAUGUCUGCAUUGAUAGAUAGUGCUGCAAUUGAUUGCGAGACCAUGGUCCUUCAGCUGACAGAGUCUAUUCUGGGCCAGCUUGAGUAUGCCCUUUCACUUGUCGGAAAUGCCAUUAAUUUUGACGAUUUGAUUCGAAUUGCGGAUGCCCAGUCAAAUUACUGCUUGCUUUUACAAUCUGCGUUCAACCGAUUGCGCGAAGCUUCAUCCUCAAUUUCAGACAGGGCCAUGGCAGUCUUUCUGUCGCUUUUAAAUUCACCCGUUUGUUGCAAGAAUACGUCGCUUCAUGAGGACGUUUUGAUGGUAAUCGAUGCACUGUUUGCUGCAGUCGACAAGGAAAAGAGCUCCUCCUAUUUUACAUAUUUUUAUCCCAAGAUUAUGGAGGUUAUUGGCGGUAAAGGGUUUGCAGUCAACCCUCAAGAAUCUACUCUGAUUUCCGUUGCCGCAGGAAUUAUAGGCGAGUUUUUCAGGUCUCUCCCAAAAGAUGUGGUCUCAAAUUACAGUCUGGAGGUCAUUUCAUCGCUUUUGGAAGUUAUAAAGGACGAAUCCUUUAAUAGAAAUGUCAAAAUUACAGCAAUAAGCUCCAUUGGAGACAUUAUUGACUCAAUGGGGACGGCCAUUCUGCCUUCACUAUCUGCAAUACAAAUGAUGCUUGUAGAGGGUGAAUCGGUGGCUUCGACGCUUCCAAGAUAUUCACUAGAUGAUCUUGACUAUAUUUCAGAGCUUCGUGAAAAGCUACUUCACACGUGGACAUUUAUCAUCCAUAUGGCGAUGGAGUCUAACAAUUUGGAGCUACUCAAUAGUAUCGCGCCGAAUGUCAUCUCGUUGGUUCAUUCUGUCUCCCAGGACGAUGAUUCAAGCGAAGCGGCUAUUCGUGCCUCAAUCGGAACGCUAGGGGAUAUGGGCCAAGUUCUUUUGCGGAACCAACUAACCACGCCAUGGAUGCGCUCAUUUAUUCGUGACCAUCUUAAGCGGGGCGCCAAUGCCGAAUCAACAAUUACAAUAGCCACCUGGGCAUACAAGGUUUGUCAUCUUUGUUCACCUCCAAUUUAG